GCGAGGGCUGCGGCAAGAGCUGGCCUGACAGAUGCAAGAGGAGAAAGGGGGAGAAAUGCAAUGGAUCUGAUUCAUGCAACGAGUGAAUGAAAGAACCGUCUGCUCAUAUCACUGCGGCGCUGUCUUAUUAUAAUUUAAGCCCCAGCAGACGAAAGAGAAAUCUGAUCUCCUUUGUAGAUCAGCAACUUUAUGGACAAACAUUCAAGUGAACUCCUUCAUACAGUGCCUGUUUAAGGCAGGAUGAGUGUCAGCAGGCUAUGAUGGCCAAAAAGCAAGAUGCGCGGUCGCCCAUUUACAACCUCAUUGUGGUGGGUUUGUCCGGAACAGAGAAAGAGAAGGGACAAUGUGGGGUUGGCAAGUCCUGCUUGUGUAAUAGGUUUGUGCGUCCUAGCGCUGAUGACUUCUACUUGGAUCACACGUCUGUGUUGAGCACCAGCGACUUUGGGGGUCGAGUGGUCAAUAAUGAUCACUUCCUAUUUUGGGGGGAGGUGUCACGGGUUCUCGAGGAGGGGCCCGAGUGCAGGAUGCAUGUUGUGGAGCAGACCGAAUUCAUUGAUGACCAGACGUUUCAGCCACACCGUAGCACUGCUAUGCAGCCCUAUAUCAAACGGGCAGCAGCAACCAAGCUGGCCUCAGCAGAGAAGCUCAUGUACUUCUGUACGGAUCAGCUAGGUCUGGAGCAAGACUUUGAGCAAAAGCAAAUGCCAGAGGGUAAGCUGCAGGUCGAUGGCUUCCUCCUUUGUGUCGAUGUAAGCCGUGGCAUGAAUCGAAACUUUGACGACCAGCUGAAAUUUGUCUCAAACCUGUAUGGUCAGCUGAGCAAGACUAAGAAGCCCAUUGUGCUGGUCCUCACCAAAUGCGACGAAGGAGUAGAGCGCUACAUUAAAGAUGCACAUACCUUUGCUAUCACAAAAAAGAGUCUACCGGUAGUUGAGACAUCGGCACGCUCAAACAUAAAUGUGGACCUCGCCUUUCUCACUUUGGUUCAGCUUAUCGACAAGAGCAGGGGCAAGCCUAAGAUCAUCCCAUACUUUGAGGCCCUAAAACUCCAGAGUCAGCAGAUAGCUUCUGCUAAGGAUCGCUAUGAAUGGCUAAUCAACCGUAUAGUAAAGAAUCAUAAUGAAACCUGGCUAAACACCAGUCGACGCAUGAACAACUCCCCAGAGUACAAAGAAUAUGUCUUCUUGGAGGGAACGGCUAAAUGCAAGAAACUUUUUCAGCAGCAUGUCUACCGUCUGAAGCAGGAACAUAUUGAGAGGCGUCGGAAAAUAUACGUAAGCACUCUUCCUUUAGCACUUAGCUCUUUAGUGCCUGACCUGGAUGAGAUUGAUCAGCUGAGCUGGUCUGGGGUACAGAAAGUCCUUGAGUCCAAGCAACACUUCACCCACUGGUUUGUUGUUCUGGAGGACUCGCCAUGGGAGGAUACGUCUCACAUCGACAACAUGGAAGAUGAGCGAAUCCCUUCUGACCUGUUGGAGACUGCUGAAGCAGAAGAAAUUUUUAAUGCCCACCUGGAGCAUCUGCGCAAUGAGUGCAAACGGGCGGAGAUGAGGCAGGAGUUUAAGCAGAGACUGGCUUCCUCCCCCUUCGUAACACCUGGUAAACCUUGGGAGGAGGCCCGGAGCUUCAUCAUGAAUGAAGAGUUCUACCAGUGGCUUGAGGAGCCAGAAUACCUGGAUCUCUAUAAUCGGCACCAGAAGGAGAUCAUUGACCGUGCUAAAGAAGACUUCCAGGAGCUUCUGCUGGAAUACUCUGAGCUUUUUUAUGAGCUUGAAGUGGAUGCUAAACCCAGCAAGGAGAAGAUGGGGGCAAUCCAAGAGGUUCUUGGGGAGGAGCAGAGGUUCAAGGCACUACAGAAGCUUCCUGCUGAAAGAGAUGCUUUGGUAUUAAAACAUAUCCACUUCGUCUAUCAUCCCACAAAGGAGACCUGCCCUAGCAGUCCACACUGCGUAGACUCUAAGAUUGAGCAGCUGUUAGCAUCACGUUUUCCCUCCCAUUACCCCUUUUUUGACGUGAAAGCUCAUUUUGGGGACACCAAGGCUGACAGAAUAAACCUCGUUAUACUUGGGAAGGAUGGACUAGCCAGAGAAUUUGCCAAUGAGAUUAGAGCUCUCUGCACAAACGAUGACUGGUAUGUGUUAGACGGGAAGAUGUACGAACUGACGCUGCGACCUAUUGACGGAAAUGUACGUCUUCCGGUAAAUUCUUUCUACACCCCCACUUUCACUCCUCAUGGGUGUUUGUGUUUGUAUAAUUCAAAAGAAUCACUUUCUUAUGUGGUGGAAAGCCUCGAGCGACUUAGGGAGUCAACUCUGGGCCGAAGAGAUAGCCAGCUAGCACAGCUGCCGACUUCACUGCUUUUAGUCACUAAACGAGGUGUAGGAUCAUACGUUGAUAUAGGUGGUGACACUGCCUUAAACUUGAUAACACAGGGGCAGCAGUUUGCAAGGAGAUUGCAGUGUAGCUUUUUAGACCCCGCCUCCCCCGGUGUGGGCUACGGCCAUAACAUAAGUGAGACCCAAAUAAACCAGGUGCUGAGGGGCCUUCUGGAUAUUAGGAGGAGCACAUCUUUUAGUAGCAGCUCCCCACCUCUCCUCCCUGAGCCUCCAGGUCUCCGAGACUCUCAGCCAGUCCCAGAGGCAGACCUUCGCAUUGUCAUGUGCUUAAUGUGUGGAGACCCCUACGACACCGAGCAGCUCCUGUCGCCUUUCUUAAUGCAUCAGCACUGCAGGCCCAUGUCUAAUAGCGGCACCUCCGUGUUGCUGGAGCAGACAGUUGGUGGACAUAAGCUGGCUAUAGAGCUCUCUCUGCUUUCAUACCACGCCUCCUUCACUUUGAGGAAGAGCAGGUUAGUGCACGGCUACAUUGCAGUCUACUCGGUCUCCCGAAAGGCCUCCCUGGAGACCCUUUGUGCAUUCUUGUGCGAGGUGCAGGACAUCAUCCCUAUUCAGCUGUUGGCAGUCGGAGAUAGCCAGGCAGAGCUCACUGACAGCGAUUAUGCCUGUGAACAGCUGAUCCAGGGGGAGGAACUAGCCCAUGAGAUUGAGGGUCGCUUCAACAGCGUGGUUUGUGGGUCUGGAGGGGUGGUGGGGGGCCUCCACAGGAUAGAAAUGUUUCAUCCGUUUCUGAUGGAGGUAGUAGAGAAGCGCAACAUCGUGGAGGCCACGCACAUGUACGAUAAUGUCGCUGAAGCGUGUACCAAUGAAAAUGUCUACUCCCCGCGCUGCAGCUCUCCUAGUCCUGUCACUAUGUUCCUGGAUUCCGAGGACGACGUAGAGCCGUCGCCACCGUACUAUGAUGGCACGCUCACAUCUCACAGUAGCGGUUUCAACAUGCCCGACUUAGAUUCCAGUGACAUCUCUGUCAUAUCUGAUAUCAGGGACUUUGAGAACAAACUGAACAACAAAGUACCCCCCCAAGUGAGAGUGAAACCAGGCGUCACUUUCGAUUUCCGGAAAAUGAGCCGUAACCCAUAUAUCGACACGCUGGGUCAUCGGCGGUCCUUACCCUCUGCUGUCACCUGGGUUCCUGGUGGCGACAUGGGAUACGAUCCCUCAGACUACGCCGAACCCAUUGACGCCGUUUCAAAACCCCGCCCGAGCAACGAAGAGAUCAUCUACUCGGUACCACAUGACAGCACACAAGGAAAAAUCAUCACCAUCCGCAACUCAAACAGGAUGCACUCCAAUGGAAACGGCUCAGACAGCGAAGCGGACAGCAGCUCUCUGGAACGAAGGAGGAAGUUCUCUGCAAUUGGCGUGAAGCCUCGUCUUUACCGUGACCGCUCUAAGCGGCUGGGCAAGUUCAGUAGCUUUCGCACAAGCUUCAUAGGCAGUGAUGACGAGAUGGGAGCUCUUCCAAAGUCCAAAGAAGAUGACUUUGGGACCCUUAAAGGUGAAAGUCUAGUGAAUGAGGAGAGCGAAGACCCAAAGAAGAGGAACAUUCUGAAGAGCCUGCGGCGGACAGCCAAGAAAACUAGACCAAAGCCCCGUCCAGCUAUUCCCAAGCCCUUGGAGAGCAACUACUUCGGGGUCCCCCUGGUGAAUGUGGUAUCCCCAGACAGACCGAUCCCUCUCUUCAUUGAAAAGUGUGUCCGCUUCAUUGAGACAACAGGCCUGAAUACGGAGGGUUUGUACCGCGUAAGCGGCAACAAGUCGGAGAUGGAGAGCAUGCAGAGGCAGUUUGAGCAGGACCACGGAUUAGACCUAGUGGAGAAAGACUUCUCCAUAAACACUGUGGCUGGAGGCCUCAAAAGCUUCUUCUCUGAACUGCCUGAGCCCCUGGUGCCUUGUGCUCUGCAGGUGGACCUACUGGAUGCUUUCAAAAUCAGUGAUAGAGAACAGAGGCUGUAUACCAUGAAGGAUGUCCUGAGGAGGUUCCCCAAGGAGAAUUAUGAUGUCUUCAAAUAUGUAACGAACCACUUACACAAGGUGAGCCAGCUGAACAGGGUGAACUUGAUGACCAGUGAGAACUUGUCCAUCUGUUUCUGGCCCACCCUCAUGAGGCCAGACUUCUCCACCAUGGAUGCUCUGACUGCCACGCGCACCUACCAGACAAUCAUUGAGACCUUCAUCCACCAGUGUGCAUUCUUCUUCUACAACCAGCCCCUCCUCGACUCCCCCACUGGCCUGGGGGGCCUCCCUGCCUCGCCCACCACCACCCUCGGCGGGAGCUCAGCCUACUCUUGUUACCGCUCCUCUCCACCUCACACCACCCCUCACUUCAGCCCCUUGCAGCAGUCCCCACCCACUACCCCCCAGUCUCCCCUGCAGUCUCUGCUCCCUCCCCUCCACCAGCACCCCCACGCCCACCAUUCCCCCGCUGAACAGGAGACACUGUGAGAGACAAUGAAACCAUGUGUGCCCAUGAUGAUGCUGGACCUUAUCACCAACACACACUAAAAGAAAAAAAGAAAAAAAAAAGAAGUAAAAGAAAAAAAUGUGCACAUGCACAUUUCAUUUUUGAUCAUGAUGGACAACCCAGGUUAUGAGAACUGGAGAUGGAAAGUGUCUGAGAAACUUCCCCAACCUGCCAAUUAUGUUCAUGCUUGUGUGCGUCGGAGCGGAGGCUACCAUUACCAGUGAAGCUCCUUCCGCCCUCUGAUCUCCUGGAUGAGUGGAUGUCGGGUCAGAGAAGUGGAGGGCAGAGGUCACGGUCACAGCGAGCCACCACUCAUCCCAUAAUACAAAGAAAUAGAGACCUCUAUGCCAAGCUGGAAGAGAAAGACUUGGGGCCACCGUGUUUUUAGUAUGUGUAAAAACUGUUUUUAGUUUCUUUUUCUCUUGAAAGUACUGCCACUGGAUUUAUAGUCUGGUCCUCUGUAGGUCCUUUGGGCAGCAGUUUGCUCCAUAUAGCAGAGUUUCCUCUGUGUCUGCCUUUUGGGUUUCUGUCAUCGGCUCUACUUGAGGGGUCAGCAUGGGGAUGGGAGGGAAGGGAACGGUUGGGAGUAACACAUCCAGGGAUGCACUUUAAUGAUCACUGUUGGGUUUUUUCUCCUCAAAAGGGGUUUUUCUUUUUUUUGACAUAGUUUUUUUUCUUACGUGAUUUUAAUUUCACAGCUCAAACAGCCAUACCCAUUGCCACGACAGAGCUCUGGCAGAUCAAACUUUGUUUACAUCAGACGUGUUUUUUGUAUCCACAAACUUAUCUGAAGCACUUUUUUUUUUUUUUUUUUUUUUUU